AUUGGUUGUAACCAUACCCCCACACUACACUAAUUAAUCCAAAAAUCAGAAAGACAAGUGUUGUUCGGUUUCAGUUGGUACGAACUUUUUUUUUAUCUAUAACCCCAAUCAUUAAAACCACUACCCGCCAUCACCGCCCCUCCAACCACCACCUCGACAGCGGCGCAACCCCAAAGAAUGGACCCUUCAAGACAGCCGAUGAUGAUGGCGAUGAAUAUGAAUAGUAAUUACAUGGAUAUAGAGCAGAUGCCCGACACUCCACAGCGUGGGUCCCACCACCGGAGGGCCCAUUCCGACACCUCUUUCCGCUUCGACGACCUCCUCCUUUUCGACCCGUCUGAUCUCGACCUUUCCGCUCUCGACCUCCCCACUCCGACUCCGUCUCCCGGCGGAGGCGGCGGAAGAGUAGCUCCCGUGCCCGUGGAUUCCGGGUCUGUUUCUGAUGAUUCAGCGGCGUCUCAUAGUCAAAGUCAAAGCAGUGGGGCCAGUUUAAAGCCGAGACCCAUUAAUCAUCUCCGAAGCUUGUCUGUGGAUUCGGAUUUUUUUGAUGGGUUAGGGCUUACUAGUAACGGUGGUGGAGAUGAAAAGUUUGGCGGGAAAAGAGCGGCGGCGGCGGUGGCGACGCCAUCUGCGGUGAAUCGUCAUCGGCAUAGUUUAUCGAUGGACGGGUCGAGUACGUCGUUGUUUGAGGUUGAUUCAGUUAUGGGUGAUGAUGGUGUUAAAAAGGCUAUGGCUCCUGAAAAACUUGCUGAGCUUGCUUUAAUUGAUCCUAGAAGAGCUAAAAGAAUUCUGGCUAAUAGACAAUCCGCGGCGAGGUCAAAGGAGCGGAAAGUUAGAUACACUGGUGAAUUGGAAAGGAAGGUGCAGACGCUUCAGACUGAAGCUACCACACUCUCUGCACAGGUCACUCUGUUACAGAGAGACACUACUGGGUUAAGCACCGAAAACAAGGAACUGAAACUGCGACUACAGGCUAUGGAGCAACAAGCGCAUCUUCGAGAUGCUCUGAAUGAAGCUUUACGAGAGGAGGUGCAGCGGCUUAAGAUAGCAACGGGCCAAAUUCCAGCCGCCAACGGAAAUCCUUUCAGUCGAGGUUUGACUCCACAAUAUUCCUCCCAUCAGGCUCCCUUGCAUCACUUUGGCAGCUCCCAAGCCCAACAACACCAACAACCACAGCACAUUCCUCAGCCAUCCACAAACAAUCAGACUCCCAACGGGCAGUCCUGCCCCGGCUUUGCAAACUUCAGCCAGAGGGUUUAGUGUCUCCGGGGAAACUCGAGUCUGGAAAUGUGAAGUUGCAAAAUUAGAGGCUAGCAUCUUGUAUAUGUAAGCAUUGUAUAUAUGUUGCAGGCCAAUGUUAUGGAUGUUGUUACUCAAAGCUUUCUCUGUUUAUUUUUAGGACACAUUGAUUAUACAUACUGAAAAAGAAAUUAGAUAUGUGAAAUAAUGGAGGGUUGUAAUCUAUUCUUAUGUAGAAAGGUUAGUUUUUAAAGUUUAAUAAUAGUACAUGACAUGUAUUUCCUGCGGUAAAACAGUUUACACGAAAUGACAUGAUUGACUACUGUAUUUCUAAGGAUAA